AUGACCACCACCAUUGGCAACAACAUCGCCAGUAGCAGCACCACCAACACCACCAACACCACCACCACCACACACACAAAUGUCGAAUAUUCAUCGUAUGGAAUGGUCAAGCGAAAUGAGUUUUAUGAAAAUAACAAUAACAAGUUUUUCCAGAGGGUAGUGUCGAUUACCAGUUUGCCGUGUACAGUUAGAAAUCCAAAAAUCGUUGGUGGCAGUGAAGCGGAACGGAAUGAAAUGCCCUUUAUGGUCAGCUUAAUGCGACGUGGUGGACACUUUUGUGGUGGCACAAUUAUACAUGAACGUUGGAUCCUGACGGCAGGACAUUGCAUUUGCAAUGGCCUGCAAAAGUUUAUGAAACCAGCCCAGAUACAGGGUGUAGUCGGACUGCAUAGUAUUAGGGAGUAUCUAAAUGGUAUAGGCAAUGGACCGGAUGCUUUGAGAGUGGACUUUAAGCAAAUAGUGCCACAUCCGCAAUAUGAUUGUAAUAGUGUUAAACAUGAUAUAGCUCUGCUGGAGUUGAUUCAACCAAUUAGCUUCACAUCACACAUUCAGCCCAGUUGUGUGAGCUCUGAUAAGGGUCCACGUAGUUUGGAACAGGAAUAUGGCACAGUUUCCGGUUGGGGCUGGACCCAUGAGAAUCAAGCCGAAGGCGAUCGUGCUGAUGUCCUGCGCAAGGCCACUGUCAAAAUAUGGAAUAAUGAAGCUUGUGAGCAAUCCUAUCGUGCUUUGGGCAAAAGCAAUAGCAUUGGUGAGACACAAUUGUGUGCCGGCUAUGAGAAUGGACAAAUUGAUUCGUGUUGGGCUGAUUCCGGUGGUCCAUUGAUGUCCAAAGAGCACCAUUUGGUGGGUGUAGUAUCCACUGGAAUUGGCUGUGCCCGUCCUGGCUUACCUGGCAUAUAUACCAGGGUUAGCAAAUACGUUCCUUGGCUUCAGAAUGUGAUUUCAGGCAGAGGCUGAAAAGUAUAAACAAGAUCAAAUUAUUGUGAUUUCACUGUGAUAUUAAUUGUAUA